AUGAGCAAGUCGGCGACUGUACUCUCUCUUGGCAGUGUCUCCACGCCUGUGAAACCUGAGGAGACGAGUCUCCCGGAGAAGGUGGCCGGGAGGAGGACGACCAGCGGUAAGAAGAUGUUCGGGAGGAAGAAAGCUCUCACUGCGAAGGAGGGAUCGAAGGAGUGGGAGGUGAAAAUAGAGGUGGAAUCUGCAGCGAAGUCCUGCAACAAGAGCGACGGCAAGGGGUGGAGCUGCAAGCGAGAUGCCCAACUUCCCUAUUCUCUCUGCGAUCACCACCUCGACCAAGUCCGAUCAUACAUCCAGCGGCAGGCACCCGUCCAGGAGAAGAAGAAGAAGAAGAAGAAGAAGAAGAAGACGACGAAGAAUAGGAAGAAGCAGCCGGAGAGAGAGAAUUGCGGCGGAAAGAGCGAUGCCGGGGAGAAAGCUAAGAGGACGAGGAAGCAGCCGUCGUCGGAUUUCUACCACUACUACUACUACGGCUUCGGGCCGGGCCGGGGAAGGAGAAGAAGCGGCAAGGAACGGGGGACGACCGAUGAUGGUGGCUUGGUCAACGGUGUUGACGGCGGCGGCGGCAGCGGCGGCGCUGGUUUUCUUCGCGAUCGUCCCGCCCGGUGGCUGGGUGACGACGACGACGAUGACGUAGUCGGCGAUCUGGGUGAAGAGUGCGACGUUGAUGACGUCAUCGAGAUAAAGAGGAAGGGGAGGAAGCCCAUGAAAGCCCGCUCCCUCAAGUCUCUUCUGUGA